GGUUUAGUGCAAAGGUGGAACAGUACCCGUAUGAGGACUAUAUAUUCCGUAACAGGCCCGUAUCAGGCCCUCUUUUGAAAAGUGUGUGGGGGGGAUACUAGCUCCUGGCUCACCGCUGUUCCUUUUUACGAAUAAGUCGGUCAGGAAUACAUCAACAUGGCAUUUAAGGAUACUGGGAAAGCUCCUGUUGAAGCAGAGGUUGCAAUCCACCGCAUCAGAAUUACUCUGACAAGUCGUAAUGUCAAGUCCCUCGAGAAAGUGUGUGCCGACCUGAUCCGAGGUGCCAAGGAGAAGAACCUUAAAGUCAAGGGGCCUGUCCGUAUGCCAACCAAGACUCUGCGCAUCACAACCAGGAAGACUCCUUGUGGUGAAGGUUCCAAAACCUGGGACAGGUUCCAGAUGCGUAUCCACAAGCGUCUUAUUGACCUGCACAGCCCGUCUGAAAUCGUGAAGCAGAUUACUUCCAUCAGCAUUGAACCUGGAGUAGAAGUUGAGGUCACAAUUGCAGAUGCAUAAGUGUCCCUCUCUGUGCCACUGCAAUAAAUGAUUUGAAAUGA